ACUGUGUUUUUAUGGUGACUUUUCUGUGGCUGUGCUGUGUUUGUAGACACAGAGUGAGAAGCUGCUGACCUGGAGUCUGGCUGUCAGAGACUUCCACAUGCUGGUCAACCUGGUAAAGGUGUUUGACUCCCGGCCUGUGCUGAACGUGUGUUUGAAGUAUGGACGCUUCUUCUUGGAGUCAUUUCUAAAAUUGGGAAUGCCGCUACUGGACUACAGUUUCAAGAAACACAAGGAGGAUGUCCAGAACCUACUGAAGACCAUCCAGCUCAGCACCAGGCAGCUCCAUCACAUGUGUGGACACUCGAAGAUUAAACAAGACACAAGUCUGACCAAUCACGUGCCGGCCUUGAAGAAGAGCCUGGAGCUGUUUGUGUACAGAGUAAAGGCCACGCUCACACUGAAUAACUGCCAGGAGGCCUUUUGGAUCGGAAACCUGAAAAACCGCAACCUGAAGGGUGAAGUGAUUCUGUCUCAGAGGUCAGAAGACAGUGACGGUGAUGGUGACGGUGACGAUACUGAAGGUCAGGGAGAACAACAAUCACUGCUGCAACAGGCGGAGUCAGAGGAUGAGGCCCAGAACAGUGACUCCGGGGGCGGCGAGGAGAGCAAGGAAAAUGCAGACAUCGUUGACAUCACAGACGACUCUGAAUAAUUUAUACCUGUAAAUAACGGUUCACAAGUGGAUU